ACCAAUUAUUCAGUCACAAACCAAUUAGCCAUGAAAAUUAUUUCGUUAGCUGUUCAUUUUCUUCUCUUUUAUCUUCAACUUUGCUCCCCUGCACAUACCAGUAAUAAUGGUUCCUCUAACGACGAGAAGGCUCUCCUUGCCUUCAAGGGUUCCAUCACUUCUGAUCCAUACAAUUUGCUAUCAUCUUGGAAUGCCAACACUAACGUCUGCAGUUGGACAGGCAUUUCAUGCAAUAAAUUGAUGAGAGUGUCUCAAAUUGAUCUUUAUAGUAUGGGUUUAGUCGGUUAUGUUUCUCUUUUCUUGGGAAAUCUUUCCUUUUUAGAGGUUCUAGAUAUGUCCAAUAACUCUUUCCAUGGUGUUGUUCCAGAGCUCUGCCAGAAGCUUGGCAAUCUGCAAAAACUGAGCCUAAUGGGCAAUCAGCUUAGUGGGCCAAUAUCAACAUCUCUAGCAAAUUGUUCCAAACUGGAAUUUCUUGACCUCGGUUACAACAAUCUCACGGGAACGGUGCCUCUCCAAUUGGGUAAGUUGAGCUCUCUCCGACGUCUUUACCUGGAUCAUAACAACCUCACCAGCUCUAGGACUUUGCCGUUUCUUGCAGCUCUUAUUAAUUGCUCUUCCUUGAAACUCUUAUACUUGAGUUAUAACCAUCUCGCUGGGGUUUUAUCCCCUUCCAUUGGCAAGCUGUCUACCAAUCUCUCUAUAUUGGCCUUAGGGUAUAACCAUAUAAGAGGAAGCAUACCUCAAGAAAUUGGCAAUCUCACCAAGUUGACAUAUGUUAACUUCUCUAGUAAUGCAUUGAUUGGACCCAUUCCAUCUACACUAGAAAGGCUUAAGAUGCUAGAGAGGUUGUAUCUGGACCACAACAAUUUGCAGGGACCCAUUCCCAGCGAGAUUGGUGCCCUUAAGCGUCUAGGGCUACUUUCUCUCUCAUUUAACCUGCUUACUGGACAAAUUCCUCAGACUAUUGGCAAUCUUCCCCAGCUAAGGUACCUUCAACUUGAUAACAAUCGAUUUUAUGGAAGGAUACCUGUCGAUCUUGGCAGAUGUUGGAGACUAGAAUUACUUGACCUGUCCCAUAAUAAUCUCACUGGAAACAUACCAGGAGAAGUUGCAGGCCUUAAAAAUUUACAAUUUUACUUCAAUUUGUCUUGGAAUUCGCUUCAAGGAAGCUUGCCCCCUGGAAUCGGUAGCAUGAUGAUGGUUCAAGGAAUAGAUGUAUCUAAAAAUCAAUUAUCUGGUGUCAUUCCAGGUAGUAUUGUAAAUUGUAACAAUCUACAAUAUCUCAAUCUUUCUCAUAAUAGUUUUGAAGGCCAUAUUACAGAUUCAGUUUCAAUGCUGAAAAAUCUCGAUGCAUUGGAUGUUUCCUACAACAAAUUGAACGGUACAAUACCAGAUUCUCUGCAGGAUCUAACGGCACUGAGCUUUCUGAAUGUUUCAUGCAAUUUGUUGAAAGGAAAAAUUCCUAAAGCAGGAUUGUUUACAAAGCUCACGGCGUCAUCAUUCAGAGGAAACCCUGGACUUUGUGGGCAAUGGAUACCUUCAUUACCAGCAUGUCCAAGUGCAUCUGCAGGGUCAACUGGAGGCCCCUGGAACUUCCAUAAAUUGUUUAAAUACAUAAGUUCUGUUAUCUCCUUUCUAGUCAUAUACUACUUUUAUGUUUCACUUUUGUACAAAUAUUUCUUUGGGAAGGGCAAUGUGGAACAACCUUCAAUAGAGUUUCCACAUCCUUGAAUCUCAUAUAAGGAGCUCAGUACUGCAACUAAUGGAUUUGGCAAGGGUAACUUGCUAGGAGUUGGUGGUGUUGGCUCUGUAUAUAAAGGAGUUCUGGAUAAUGGAACAUUGAUAGCUGUUAAGGCUCUCAAUUUGGAGGAUGAAGCAGCUCAUAAAAGUUUCAACAUUGAAUGCCAAGUGCUCAGUAAAGCCAGACACCGAAAUAUAAUAAAAGUCAUAACUUCAUGCUCUAAUCUUGACUUCAAAGGUUUGGUUUUUGAGUACAUGUCUAAUGGAAGCCUGGAAAGGCAUUUGCAUUGUGAUGCUGGCAAAUGUAAUAUUGGGGGUGUCUGUAAAAUGGAUUUACAGACACGAUUACAUGUAGCCAUGGAUGUUGCCCGUGGUUUGGCAUAUCUCCAUCAUGAUUGUUCAAUUCAAGCUGUUCACUGUGAUUUGAAGCCCAACAAUAUACUUCUGGACUUCUAUAUGACAGCACAUAUAGCUGAUUUUGGAAACGCCCAUAUACUAUCUGAAAAUUCUAUGGAUUCAUUUUCAGCAUCAGCAACACUGAAAGGUGCUCUAGGCUACAUUGCCCCUGAGUAUGGAGUUGGUGCAAGGAUUUCAGCGAAGGGAGAUGUUUACAGUUAUGGAAUUCUGUUGUUAGAGAUGCUAACAAGAAAGAGGCCAACCCACCAGAUGUUUGUUGAUGGACUCAGCUUGCGCAUGUGGGUUAGUAUGGCUUUCCCUGAUAGGAUUUCAGAGGUGGUUGAUUGUAGCUUGCUGUUGUGCAGUGGAGGUAUUACAGAUUCUACAUGCACUUGUCUUACUCAACUGAUUCGAGUAGCCUUGUUGUGCUCAAACGAUUCGCCUAAAGACCGACCAAGUAUGCCAGAAGUUGUGGAGUUGUUGGAAUGCAUUGAGGCCAUGUUUGAAGGCAGUAGAAUUGAUUCUAAAUAUCAAUCUGAUCUGUAUGAAAUGGUAAGCAGCACAAGAUGGGCAGGAAAUCUUGUCCAGGUAGGAAAGGGUCAGAGCACUUCCACAUUGCAGUCAAGUUCCUAAAUUAUGAUGAAAAUUGUUUACCACCGAAUCAGGGAAACUGACUUUCCAUUUUCCAAUAAUAGUAGUGGUUGAAACUGCCCCUAUUCUGUGAAAGGGGAUAGGGGAUCCAAAUGCCAAUUAAAAGUUUGAUUAACUUUUUUUUUUUAAUCUUCAAGAGAUCAAUUAGGAAUUUGCUAUAGUCUGGAAAUCUUUUUAAGCUAUAUUUAGGAAUGCUUUUGAUGAGAUGGGAAUUUCGACAGUUUGUAAUCAUUCCUAUUUUGUGAUCUAAACAGAAUAGUAACUGUGCUAUUUGUUGAUUA